AUGGCUUUAAUCAGCGUUGUGUUGUUUCUUGCGGUCGUCGCAAUUGUGGUUGGGUGGAAGUACGGGAUUGAGCGGCGUCCACACCGUGAUGCUUCGCCGGCUCUCGAGAAGGCUGAAGAUGCCAAAGCCCCUCCGGUUCCUGACAUGACCAUCGAGCCCCUGGAGGGCUUCGAUUGGAAGGCUACCGAGCCUGUCAAGAUUCGGCCAUUCAAGCCAGUCUUCCACAUCACAAUGGCUCUUCAAAGCACAGCACCGUCAGACUUGAUAGUCAUGGAUUACAACUAUAAGGAGCGCGUGCUGGGACGGAGAGAACUAAUUGCUGAGCACACAUCAACUGUGUCUGGAUUUAUUCCUAUGGGCGUUUCGGCAGUCGAAGAGGCAUACUCUUAUCUCCUGACGGAUUAUCUCCCGGUUCGGUUUCCCACUAUGUUCACACUCUCAGAAGACCGCAAGACCUUCAACAAUCUCGUCACGGAGGUCUCAUGGCCUACCACGCCGCCCGCCGAUACGCUCGAGGCUUUGAAGAUCCUGGGCGAGACCGUCGAGGACGACAUUUUCCUACUGCACAAGACCGAUCGCGGGCACCUGGCUGUUGCGUUUGUGUGCUGCUAUUCGUCUGGGUUCGACCCCUCGUCAAAGUUGGGAAAGAUUCUCGAGGAGAUUCAUGCGCCGGUGCCAUCGUACAACAAGAUCGGAGCAAGUAUGGAGAGGUUCUUCAGCCGACUGGAGGUUGGAAAGAAUGUCAAGCGUGUUAACUGGUCCAUCACCCCCGAAGCGACGCUUUUCAACACUGCCGGAAAUCAUGUCCACGAAGAGGAUCUGGAGUGGAUCAAGCAAGACGACGAAAUCGAUAUGGAUAAGGCCCGCAUGAGGAUGGAGCUUCAGACCCUGAGCAGGUUUCCAAAGACGCAAGCUAUCAUGUUCUCAUUCAAGACACUACUUUAUCCGGUGAAGGAUGCCGUUGCAGAAGGUUUAGGGCCUCAGUUAGCAGAUGCAAUUGAGGGACUUCCUAAAGGCAAUGCGCCCGGCAUGUGGACUUACAAAGGCGGUAUCCGCUGGGGCAAGAGUGUUUUGAACUAUUUGAGAGCCCAACCACAGCCAUAA